CGCGUGGGCCCCGGUGGGGAAGGUGGGGCAGCUCUUCUUCGGAGCGGGACCGCCUCCUCCAGACAGGCCCGCCCCACCAGCAGCUCGGGUUCAUGCCUCCACACCCUCCACACUCCAACUCCCUCUCCUGCAGCAGCGCAUUGGUUUGCUGGCUGCUCCUGCAUGACAUCAGAGUAGCCGGGAAAGGGACAGAGCGCAGGCGCCGCGGACUGGCGAGGCGAGGCGAGGCAGGGCGAGCUCCAGGAGUAGGAGAGCUGCCUUCAGCAUCCCCAGCAGUCGCGCUCGAGUGUUGAUGCGCGCCCUUGCCCGGCAACUGCAGGCUGCGCCCCGCUCGGGCCGCUCCCCCUGCAGAGCGCAGAGAUCGCAGCCUGCGCCGGCAGCGAGAGGUACAGCCGGGAAGACGGGCAACAGCUACUGGUCGCCCUGAGCAAAAAGCAAUCGCUGCUUCUUCCCUCCUCCCCGCUUUAGCCCUCGUGCUCCUUCUCCUCCGCCCGGGUGCACCCCUUCCCGGAGCCAGGCACCAUGUCUACGGGAGGAGACUUCGGGAACCCGCUAAGGAAAUUCAAACUGGUCUUCCUAGGGGAGCAAAGCGUUGGGAAGACAUCGUUGAUCACAAGGUUCAUGUAUGACAGUUUUGACAACACAUACCAAGCUACAAUUGGAAUUGACUUCUUAUCUAAAACCAUGUAUUUGGAAGACCGGACAGUGCGGUUGCAGCUCUGGGACACAGCAGGCCAGGAGAGAUUCCGAAGCUUGAUCCCCAGUUACAUUCGAGACUCAACAGUAGCCGUGGUGGUCUAUGACAUCACAAAUCUCAAUUCCUUCCAGCAGACAUCCAAAUGGAUUGACGAUGUCAGAACAGAAAGAGGAAGCGAUGUCAUCAUAAUGUUAGUGGGCAACAAAACAGAUCUUGCCGACAAGAGGCAGAUAACAAUUGAAGAAGGGGAACAGAGAGCUAAAGAACUGAAUGUCAUGUUUAUUGAGACAAGUGCGAAGACAGGAUACAAUGUGAAACAGCUCUUCCGACGCGUUGCCUCAGCUCUGCCAGGGAUGGAGAGUGUCCAAGAGAAGAGCAAAGAAGGGAUGAUCGACAUUAAAUUGGACAAACCACAGGAACCACCAGCCAGCGAAGGAGGGUGUUCUUGUUAAUGCAAAGUGCCGGAUUCCUCAGCUCCAUUUGACACCACACGCUUGUUGUGUUGCUUCCUAUUGGUUAGCUUCCUAAUACUAUGAAUUGAGUUAUUCAAUGGGGAGGAUUUCUUUUCUCUCUGUGUCCAGGAAAGGGAGGGGGUGGGUGGCAAGUAUCAGAAUAUAUGAUUCAACCACUGGUUCUGUUUUCUUUUUUUUCUGGUUUAGUUGUAAUAUAAUGUAUUUUAUUAAAAAUGCCAAAACAAUUCAGAACCUUAAACAAGCCACUUUGUGUGUAUACAACUUUCAGCCAUGGGGACUUACAUCUUUUUGGGUACCUUUUUUUAAAUUGUAUAUUUGUAAACUUACAGAGAAAACCCCAAGAUUAUACAGGCCGGCUAGUUUUAAUGUUUGGCAUGAACUGUAGACGUAUCUUGUAGCAAACUAGCACCUGAUUGGUUGCCUGAACACAAACUAUACCAUUCAUACUCCAGGGACAGGCCGGCAAAGCAUGCAACCACUAGUGUGCAAUGAAAUGUCUGACUACAUGGCCAUGGAUAGGUAGGAGAGCUACAACUAGAUAAAUUUUAUUCAUCACGGUGGCAGUGCAUCUCCAUAGUUCCCAGAUGCAUAGGGAUCUAUAGUGCAUGCACAGCUUAAGAUCAUGUGUCAUGUGUUAUUUUACUAUACUGUGAGAGAUGUUCCUUUUAGCACUUCUAUAGGUAGCUACUUGUUUUUUAAGACCUUCACUUGUAUUGCAGUCUAAGCAUGUCAACUUUUAAAAGUCACACUAGCUACCAUAAGCCACUACAUAUAUACGCAAUAGCGUGUAUGUGAAACCAAUGGCAUUGCUGUCUACAUGGAUUAUUGGCCCAGAAAUAGCCUUUAUUCCCUGCAAAAGCCACCACACUCCCUUAUAGUUGCCAUUUUGUAGCUAAAAUUGGAUAGGAGCACUCAAAUUGUUUGCCCUCCCCCCCAAAAAAGUUUAGCUAAAUAAGAUAAAAAGGUUAUCUAAAGGCUGUCUUCUAAGUUUAUUGUUACAAGCAGAUUUCUUUCAGGAAGCAACUGAAAAUGGUAGCCAAGAUUAAGCCAAAAUUGUCAAUUACUGUAACUUCAAGAGGAUUUCUCUUGGGGUCACCUCACUUUUAGCCAACUGUACUAUUCAUGGUGGUUGAUCAUUAUUACAAGUGAUGAAUACUUCUGCAUGAGUGAACAAAGAGCAAAAGAGCCAGUCUCUGAAGAAAUGAAGAUUGCCUUGGCAACAAAAAUGCGAUAAUGUAUUUAAUUUUUGUAACAUGUGUAUGCAUGUUUUAUAUUGAUAUAAAACAUACAAUGACACACACAACUGUGGAGGUGUAUGUAUACACACCCAUGCACAAUAUAGAUGCUUGGUAUCUCCCACUGUUAUAACUUUGCAACCAACAACAGUUGUGGAAAAUUACAGUUGGUGAAGUGUUUGGGUCUAGAAGGUUUUUGUUAUUGUUGGGGAGAAAGUGUGAUUUGUCAUGUCUUCAAUAAAUUAAACUCAGAUACAUGUGAAGCUAGAAAAAAA